AUGAUGGAUAUUACUGUAAGUCAAAAUGGGAGCACAGGAAAUACUUCUCUUUGUUUUGAACAUCAUCCUAACUCUUGUCAGCAGAGUGUCUAUCCACUGGCUGUGAGAAUUGUGUCUUAUUUUGUCAUUGGCAUUGUGGUACUUCUUACAUUGUUUGGAAAUCUUCUGGUGAUCAUAGCCAUAACUCAUUUCAAGCAGCUGCACACACCAACUAACUACCUCACUCUCUCUCUGGCUGUAGCUGACCUGCUUGUGGGAGGAAUUGUGAUGCCUCCUAGCAUGAUACGCUCUGUGGAGACUUGCUGGUAUUUGGGGAGUUUAUUCUGCAAAAUACACAGCUGUCUAAACAUUUUGUUGUGUAAUGCUUCUCUGUUAAACCUUGUAUUUAUCUCUGUUGAGCGAUAUUAUGCAGUAUGUCACCCCCUGCAAUACCACAGUAAAAUGACUCCUCUUACUACUCUGUUCAUGAUCGCUGUUUGUUGGAGUGUUGCUGCUGCUGUGGGAAUUAUAUAUCCAGAGCUAAAUGUUGAAGGCAUAGAAGCUUACAGUAACUUUUUAUGUGAAGGAGCCUGUGUGGUGGUUACAGGGCCCAUGACAGGUUUAGCAGUUUCUUUGGUUUCUUUUUAUUUUCCUAUUAUUGCCAUGCUCAGCAUAUAUCUGAAAAUAUAUCUUGUUGCACAGAGGCAAUCACGAUUAGUCCUCAACACUCUCUCUCAUGUAAAUAAAUCCAGAGGUCAGCCCACUAUUAAUAAGGCAGAGAGAAAAGCAACUAAGACAUUAGCCAUUGUCAUGGGAGGGUUUCUGUUAUUUUGGGCACCAUUUUCCAUCUACAUACUCAUUGUAACAUUUUUUGGUUAUAGCGGUCCACCACAACUAUUUGAUAUACUUUGUUGGAUUGCUUAUUCAAAUUCAGCUUGUAAUCCUAUUAUAUAUGCAUUCUUCUACAUGUGGUUUAGAAAAGCACUCAAAAUAAUUUUAUUAGGCAAAAUUUUCAUGACCAGUUCCUCAAAACUGAAGCUGUGUUCAGAGUAG